AUGUCGGGCACAUCAAAAUUGUUCGACGACAUCGAUCGGAAGUACGGCGAGAAGGUCAAGACGAUGAGCGAGGAGCAAAAGAUGCUCGUCGGCCUUCCUUACCUGGCCAACACGGAGCACCUCAUCAGAGCGCGCGUCAAGGCACGUCGACUGCAAACCGAAUACAACCAGACGCAGCCCACGUCGACGCUGGACGAUAAAGCAGCUGCAAUGACGGAAGGCCAAACCAUCAUGUCCGAGGACCGCAAACGUCUGCUGGCCGAUCUGCUUGAGGUGCCUGUUGACCGAGUAGCCAAGAUGGAGAUUGAGCCGCCGCUGUGGGUGGACUACGGUACCAACAUCAAGCCAGAAGGCGCGUUCUACGCCAACUACAACACCACCAUCCUCGACUGCUCCGAGGUCAGGUUGGGUGAUGGAGUCCUGUUCGGUCCCAACGUCAGCAUCUACUGCGGAACUCACUCGGUCUCGGUCAAGGAAAGGAAGCAGGGUCUGGAGAGGAGUCUGCCCGUGAGCAUUGGCAAGGAUACUUGGGUGGGAGGUGGCACGAUCAUCAUGGCAGGCGUCACUAUCGGACGCGGUUGCACAAUCGGAGCUGGAAGUGUGGUUACAAAGGACAUUCCAGAUUGGAGUGUCGCAGCGGGAUCGCCGUGCAAAGUAAUGAGGACGCUGACGGAGGAGGAAAGGGCGUGA